AUGCUGAGAAACCUGUUCGCCACUGCUCGUAGAUUCGCUUCUUCAGACUCGCCGAGAAAAGUGGUAGUUUGCUCAAACGGAACGAUCGCUGCGUGGCAUCCACCCCAAGAAUUCCCCUACGAGCACACGAAACCAAUCGAUUUGAGUUCAAAAACCGAUCAAACGUCGUCUUCUCGUCUCUCAGCGGCCGCCCGUGCUUCUGUAAUCCCACGUGAGCCAGUCAACGCCGAGCUCAAAGAGAUCUUCUACACCAGCAAGCACGAGUGGUACUCGAGGUAUGAAAAUUUUCAAAAUUCAAAAAUUUUCCUAUUUUUCAGAACCCGCGAAGAGCGUCUCCGCAACGUCGCCGCCCCAAAUUUUAUAUUGGCACUGGAACACCAACCAGUUUACACAGUGGGUAUUCGAAGCAAAGGGUAUACGAAAGAGGAGGAGGAACGGUUAAAGGCACUAGGCGCUGAGUUUUACAGAACAUCCCGAGGCGGUCUAAUCACAUUCCAUGGUCCCGGCCAACUGGUUUUGUAUCCGAUUUGCGAUGUUCGCAGGGUUUCUACAAAGCAAUUGGGGGUGAGGAGUUUUGUCGAUAAGCUUGAGCAGACGAUAAUCGAUUCGGCGACGGAUGGUUUUGGGAUUCAUAACGUUGGAAGGACAGAGAAUACAGGCGUCUGGGUAAACGGCGAACGAAAGCUCGCUGCGAUCGGAAUCGCUGUGUCGGGCGGUGUGUCUUAUCACGGAAUCGCAAUCAACUGUAACACCGAUUUGACGUGGUUUGAUAAUAUCGUCGGCUGCGGAAUCGAAGGCGUCUCCACCACAUCCCUCUCGCUUGAAACCCGCCGAAACAUCAGUGUGUCUGAAGCUCGUCCAAUUCUUCUCAACUCUUUUGCAAAUAAUUUUGAGUGCCUUCUGUCUUAA